GUGUUGACGUCAGGGUCAGCUGUAACGGGGCGAGUCGGCGCGGCUGAGAUUGAGCUGAAUGAAUUAUGGUGGGAGAUAACGCUAAUGAAGUACCCUUAAAAGCGUGAAAAAACGAGAUGAAGAGAGUAAUGUGAAAUUAAACACGGAACCAGAAAAGUUAAAGAAGAACCGAACCUAAAGAGGGAGGCUUGCGUUUUGCCGCCAGGUGUGUCAUUCGAUAGCCUCCACCUAACCAAGAAGGCACGCUGCCAACCGGCUGGCGAGCUCGCAUAGCCGAAAGCGGCAAACGUGGCCCUCGAUGCAAAGACUGAAGCUGAUGCUUCCUCGAAACUUGCCAUAUUAUCAACGUGGAAAAGUGGCCAACAAAUGAAUCGGACUGUUUUUGCGGUUAGGAAUUUAUUCCAUUUCUCUCACGGGUCUUUUGGGAAAGUGUGAACCCGAAGAAAUCGCCAGGUCAUAGGAUUGUAAUUACCCUUUCCUUAAAGGAAUAUGUACACUACACAUUUUUGUUGCGAAAUGCAUUCCCUGAAGAGGUGACUGUUGAGAGUGUGCUUCAUAUCUGUGUCAGCAUGGUCCCAGCAUUUUCAGGAUUUCUGAUUUGCCUUCUAGGCGGCUGACAGGAAGCAAUCGCGAGAGAAAACACGGCCCCUACACUGGUCGAGGAGGGUGGUAUAAGUCAGAUCUGUCAUAACUAAUGAUCAUCUUGGCCCAUGGAAGAAAAACUGUUGAACAAGACUAUAUCAGUAUCCCGGUUGCCCAAGUUUGGAGCAAAGAUACCAGGAUCUAGUGAUCUGCUCAAUGGAAGCUGUGCUGUUGCUGCUACCUCGACAUUGAGUGCAAAGUCGGAUGAAAGAGCAAGUGGAUACAGGCAAAAUGGAAUCCCACGCGUGCUUUCUCUCUCCGUUGGUUAUAGAAAAAAUAGCAAAAUGCCUAUGGGUUGUCAGAGUUACAAAGAUGAUACAGAAAUGCGUGACAAUGAAAAAGAGUUGAAUGGUAUUGGUCUUCAGUCUUUACCAUCAAAGCAUGAGCAUUCAGAAAACAAAAAAGUCAUUUCAAGUGCAGCUAGCAAGCGAAAAAAUGCUUUUACUUUGUCUGCCAAAAAUGAAGCUUCUUCAAAGACUUUGUCUGAGACUUCUUCAUCUGCUAACAAGACCUCUAUUCCUAGUAGAACACUUUCCAUGCAGAACUUUAAUAGCAAAUCUACCAUUAAUGCAGUAAACAAUGUAAGUGGGGUCAAGAAUGGGACAGGCUUGCAGCGACCACGAGCUAACUUGAGCACAACAAGAAGCAGCUCAAAAGAAAGUCUUACUCAGUCAAAUGAUAACUUAAAAAAUGGUUCUGUGGAAAGUAUGGUACGAUCCCAAAGCUUCUCUCAUUUCAAACGUAUUCCUUCAUCAAAUGGAAUUUCUAUGACUAGAUCAUAUUCUUUCAACAAAGCAGUUGACUUAUCCAAGCCAUCACGUGGCCUUCAGCUACGAACAAAGUCAUUUUCAGCAAAGACAGCACAGAGAGUUAAGACGGUUACAGAUAUGCAGAAAGAAGUUAAUGUUAAAGGCUCUUUAUCCAAAUGUGCUUCUGAUUUGGGUUCUGAUUCUAAUGCUUCAUCACCAUUGACUUCCUUAAAGAAUACUUUUCUAUCAGGCUCUGCUAUUGGAAAAAUUGGUGCACAAAGCUACAAAAUGACCAGACCCUCUCUUAUCAAAUUUAGCCGACCUACAGUCUCUAAGAAUAUAGCAGAAGAUGGUGUCCAUAAUAUUCCACUAGUCAGAACCACAGAGACUGCUCCUUUGACAAGUGACGAAAAAUGUCCAGUUGAUAUAAAGGCUACAGAGUGCACAACUUUGAAAGAACAAGUCUCAAACCUUCGGCACUUAGAGCAAACAUUAGAUGAAAUGUCUCUUUCUUCAAGUUCAUCUUUGGAAGCGCAUGACUUGAGUGAAGGGUACUUGGAUGACUUUGAUAAUCUUGGAGAUGGAGGGGGGUUUCUAGUCACAGAGUAUAAAGGCAAUUUUUUGCAAAUGUCUCAUGCUCCAGAACAGCUACCAAAAUGUGUAAGAACUGAAGGAGAUAUGCUGAAUACUGUAUCAGAAACUAUGGAGUGGAUUGACAUUGGAUUCCAAGCAGGUCAUGGAGAGGAAAUGGACAGCUCUCAGACACCUUUGCAGACAGCAACUCCAUUCUCUCCAGAUAUGAACUUUCCUGUGGGUUCUUCUCUUGAACUCUCACCAUCUGACAGCUCUGGUGGCACCUAUAUGUGGGAUGAAGAAGGAAUGGAACCACUUGGGACCAAUGCACAUCACUGUGGCAGCUAUGAUAACUCUGAGAUCAACAGCCUGGAUAUACUGAACAACCUGGACAAUCUAGGGCCAUGUGACCUAGAUGAUGAUGAUCUCAUGCUUGAUGUUGAGCUUCCUGAUGAUGGUUCACUUCACAAUGUUGAAGCUGAUAAUAUGGCUCAUUUUGACCAGAUGGAACGCAGUAACCGACAAGGCUUCUGGGGAAGACGUCCACAGAGAUGGGCAGGGCGACAGGAUCACUAUGGGACUAGUACAGAGCACUUUUCUCAUGAUAACAGCACAGUGGCCUUGGAUGAGCUAACCCUACAGCUGAUGACCCAGGAUUGCACUUCAGUGAAACUGCAGCUUCAGCGACUUAAGAAACUUCUUCAGGUGGAUGAUGACAGUUCAGUAAAAGAAAAUUUGGUAUCAGAAUCUAAAAAUCUUGUACCCGAGGAAGAAACUGCACAAAAGGUUGAGGAGCUAAUGAGUGAAAUUAGAAGUCUUAGGCAGGAGCUGAAGAAAAAAGAUGAAACAAUUAAACAACUUCAACAGCAAAUGGCCACUAGGUGUCAAUGUCAAAGGAGGACACAGGGGUGUAAAAGUGAAAAAAAGACAUAUGGUGACAAGUUCACUCAGACGUCAUGGAGGGCUCCUUCUCCUCGAAUACUACAGUCUUUCAGCCCAAUUCACAAAGACCCCCAAGACAAGGAAAGACUAAUAAAAAUAGCCACCACCGAGGACCCCAGUAAUUGCACUGUUUCUAUCAUGAAUGACACUAAAUGCCAUGAGCAGAAAGAGAGUGAUGCUGCUGCUGCUACUCCUGCUGCUGCUGCUGCUGCUGCUAUAGAGAUGCCUUCAUCUGUUGCUCCUAACACGACUGAGCUGAGCAUUCUUCCAAACACUCAGUUCAAGACUGACCAUUCCAGUGACUGUAUUUCUGAAGGUGUUGCACAACGGGACUCCAUCAUGAAGGUACCUGAAGUCCAAGUGGCCCACACAGUCCCAAUUACCAGUAAUUUAGGAAGGCAAACCCAAGUCCUCUCCAACUCUAAUAUAAAUAGACAAAAAGCUAUCCCACAUCUCAUUCUAAACCAAUCUAGUCUACCUCAGAAUAUGGGUAGAAAGACAUUUACUACUGCACAAGCGUCAAUGCUAUUCUCAAAAAACACCUUAGAACUUGGCAUGGGAUAUAAAGCAUCAGAGUCUAAGCUGCAUCGGUUAUCUUUUUUACCCGAACAGAGAUCCCCUUCACAUAAAGUCAAUGUGGAUGUCCAUUCAAAAUUGAACUCCGUAGUAUUAAAUCCACCCAUUUUCUUACUAGAGCAGCAUAAACUCCUUAAACAAAAAGUUUUUUCCCCACUGAGUCAGUCAGAAAGGAGUAGAUCUCUAUCAAAUACUGUUUCUUCUCCUUUGUAUUCCCGCCUCCCUAAACCAAAGAGCUACUAAGCCUGUAAUUAAGUUCCUAAAUUCAAUGCUGAUUUCAAAAGAAGACUUCUCCUUUUUGCACUUAUUGUGUGUGUCUUAAUAGAGACAGUUUAUACUGCACAAAAGAGCAGCAGAUAUUACACAUAGGCUGCUUAAAUUUAGCAACCAAAAAAAAGAUCACAUAAUAUACUGUUUGUAUGAACAUGUCUUUUGUUUCCAUUGAUUUUUGGAAAAGUUGCUUUGAGUAGGAAAGCCAUCAUAUAACCCAGUGCCUCCUGUUUUGAGCAUACAGUUCUCUCUAUACUAUGCUUUUAUACAGUUAGCCACAAAAACUGUUCAGUGGAAGGCUUCUAAAUUAUAUUAUGGCACAGGUUUGUGCCGUGUGUAAACAGAAUGCUACUCUUAAGCUAUUUUCUCCUGUCUACACUGUGGUAAAUGGGAGUAAUUGCUUAUGUGUUCUGAUUUUAAAUUCCCACUAUUUUUUUACAACAGUUUUUGUUAAGGUUGCAGUUUGAGGACAUCCAAAAGAACGUAUACACUACAAGAAAGUCUGAAAACAACAUAGUUCUUAAAGCUUGAUGCUGUGUGAUCACUAGAUUUCAACUUACAGGUAUUGACAAUAUAUUCUUUAGAACGUUCCCAUGUGUUUUUUUCCCUGGCAUUAUGCAUUGUCUCAGCUUUAGAAUUAACCCAAAACCACUUAAAAAUGUUCAGAGUGUUACACAGGAUAUGUUUAAUAUAUUCCAAUUUAUUUAACUGUAAAAUUAAAUAAUAUUUAGCUAAAAUUAAUAAGCAGAUCACUUGUGUAUCAUUUCUGUCUUAAUAAAUUUGUGUUUAGUAAAACA